AUGGAGAUGCACCGCCGUAACCAAGACCCUUUCGACGGGGGCCUCCCAAGCUCGGGAAACAGCAUCUACUCACCAGAUCAGACACCACAGCAGACCCCAUACCGACGUCGCUCUCUCGAGACCGCAAGCAACACUGGCAGUGACAGCAUCAAUCCCGCCCCAAGGAACCCUUUCAACGCAACACCUUUGGGCACCUCGAAGAAUUCUUCGGCCAUUCAUAUCCAUCAACAAAAGCAAAAUCAAAAAUACUUUCGCUCUCGGCGAGUGAAGAAGGGCGAGGUCGACCAUCCCUGGAAGGCAACCAAGGACCCCAGGGAGAAAUGGGUCACCAUCAUUCCUUUGAUCGGGCUUGCUUUGGGCUUUCUCGUCGCUGGGUACCUUGUCUACAACGGUCUCAGCACCAUUGUCAAUCACACCUACACACUCGUGCUCGACGAGGAUUGGAGCAAGGGCUUCAAUACCGAUGUCUGGACCAAGGAAGUGAACCUCGGAGGCUUUGGAAACGGCGAAUUCGAACAGACUACCGGCACGGAAGAAAAUGUCAUGAUCGAGAAUGGCAAGCUCAUCAUCAAGCCUACCCUUCAAGACGAGACCCUCCUCACCACAAACAACAACCUGACCCUUCCGGACUGCACUUCGACCCAAUACUACGACUGCAACGCUGCCACCAACGUCACUAACGGCACCAUUGUCCCUCCAGUCAAAUCCGGCCGCAUCAACACCCUCAAAGGUGCAACCAUCAAAUACGGUCGUGUCGAAGUUGUAGCUACAAUGCCAGAGGGCGACUGGCUUUGGCCCGCCAUCUGGAUGUUGCCUGUCAACAACACAUUCGGCGCUUGGCCCGCAUCUGGUGAAAUCGAUAUCGCUGAGUCCCGAGGCAACAACUACAGCUACGCUACUGGCGGAAACAACAUCGUCACUAGCACUCUCCACUGGGGUCCCGACCAGAAGGAUGACGGGUAUUGGCGCACCAGCAAGAAGCAAUCAGCUCUUCAUACUACUUACGCCGCCGGUCAGCAUACCUAUGGUUUGGAAUGGAGCGAAAAAUACCUUUUCACCUACAUAGAUACCCGUCUCCUGCAGAUCCUCUACAACCCUUUCAAUGAGUAUCUCUGGACCCGUGGACAGUUCCCUCUGUCCAACUCCAACGGCACCACGCUCACCAACCCUUGGGUCAACGACCCCAACUUGAACGCGCCCUUUGAUCAAGAGUUUUACCUAAUCAUCAAUUUGGCCGUUGGAGGUACGAAUGGGUGGUUCAAGGACGGCGCGGCCGGCAAGCCGUGGGUGGACAAGUCGAAGACUGCGCCCAAAGAUUUCUUGGCUGGCAAGGAUCAGUGGUAUCCAACCUGGAAGCCUGAGACGGCCCAACUUACCAUCUCGUCUGUGAAGAUGUGGCAACAAGUCGACGAUAAGCCGAAUGUCGGCAAAUAA